AUGAAAGAUUCGGCUGCUAAUGGCAGGGUUCUGCCUGCAUGGGCUUCUUCAUCUGUGUCAAGUAAUACAGGCUCUCGUGGAUCAGCUCAAAGAAGGUUCCGUCCUGGUAAAAAUUUUACAUAUUCAAACAGGUACACAUCAAGUCAUGUCAAGCACAACAAAGUUUCUUCGAAUGAAGGUACACAAUUAGAUAAUCGGUUGCUACAAAAUGAUGCCAAAAGAAUACUUCCGUCUUCCAUUGAACUAUCUGAAAGUAGUUCAAGGCCAAUGAAAGGUGUGGAUAGCAGUCAAGUAUAUGAAAACUCUGGGAAACCUUAUAAUUUGAGACGGGCUAAUAAAGAUGUAGCUAUGCAAAACAACCCCGGAAGUAGGGUUUUACCACCAUCAAUGAAGUCCCCGAUGGGUGUUGCAAGUACGCAGAGUUCUGUUCAAGAAACAGUUGGUGACGAGAGGCUGAUCUAUCAAGUAGCAUUACGGGAUAUUAAUCAACCAAUAGUUGAAGCAUCUUUACCAGAUGGUCUUUUAUCUGUAUCUCUUUUCAGACAUCAGAAAAUUGCGUUGGCCUGGAUGCUUCAGAAGGAGAACAGUGAGGCUUGUUCUGGUGGAAUUUUGGCUGAUGAUCAGGGCCUUGGCAAGACCAUAUCGAUUAUUGCCCUUAUACAGAUGUGUAAAGUUUCAUCAAGUCCAAAAUCUGAGGAUCCUUGCUUUUCGAAAGCUGAACCAUUCGACUUAGAUGGCGACAAUGAUAAAGGAACUAUAGUUACUAAACUAAAAAGUUCCGUGUCAAAACGGGACUUUGACAAUUGGAAGCAUGCAGGAGGCUCAUUGGUCGUCUGUCCAGCAAGUGUACUACGGCAAUGGGCUCAAGAAUUGGAUGACAAAGUUACAAAUGAAGCUAAACUUGAAGUUUUAAUCUAUCAUGGAUGCAAUAGGACCAAAGAUCCUGCUGAGCUGGCAAAAUAUGAUGUAGUCCUCACAACGUAUUCCAUUGUGGCAAAAGAGGUUGCUACUGAAACUUGUGAUGAAGAUGAGGACGAAGAUGAAUAUGAUUAUGACGAUGAUCAAGAAAAUAAGAGAAGGAAGCAGUCUCGUGUUAGUAAGAAAGGAAAGAAGAGCAAAAAAAGUAUUUCUUCAAAUGAUUAUGAUGGCACUCUUGCAAAAGUGAACUGGUUUAGGGUGAUAUUAGAUGAAGCUCAAACAAUUAAAAAUAGCAGCACACAGGUUUCUAAAUCCUGCUGUGGACUUAAGGCAAAAAGGAGAUGGUGCUUAUCUGGAACACCUAUGCAGAAUUCAUUAAAUGAAUUGUAUAGUUAUUUCAGAUUCCUGAAAUGUGAACCUUAUGCAAAGUACAAGUCAUUUUGCAAUCAAAUAAGAGACCCGAUAUCUAGAAACUCAAGUCAGGGUUUUAUGAAACUCCAAGCUGUGCUGAAGGCAAUAAUGCUUCGCCGAACAAAAGACACUUUGAUUGGUGGUAAGCCUAUUAUCAACUUACCUCAAAAAACAAUAAAUAUAACAACCGUGGAUUUCUCAACUGAGGAACGGGCUUUCUAUCUCAAGCUAGAAGCAGAAUCAAGCUCGCGAUUCAAGGCAUAUGCGGCUGCAGGCACGGUAAGGCAAAACUAUGCAAAUAUUUUAACGAUGCUUCUGCGCCUUCGCCAAGCUUGUGACCAUCCAUUGCUGGUAAAGGGAUUUAAAUCGGAAUCAGUUAGUCAAGAUUCUACAAAAGUAGCAAUGAGGCUUCCGGCAGAUAAGAGAGCCAAUUUGUUGCAUAUUUUGGAAACGCUAAAUAUAUGUCUCCUCUGCAGCGAUCCACCUGAGGAUGCGGUUAUCACCAUUUGUGGACAUGUUUUCUGCUACCAAUGUGUAUGUGAAUAUAUAAUAGGGGAUGACAACAUUUGUCCAUCACCUAAGUGCAUAACUCAGAUUGGUGGUGAUGUCUUAUUUACAAAAGCUACUCUAAAGAGCUGUAUUUCUGAGGAUGAUGAUCAUUGUAAUUUGUCUGGAGUUGAUGAGAAAUCUUUAGUUUUUCAGACUUGUUAUACUUCUUCCAAGAUCAGCGCCACUCUAGACAUCAUUCGGUCCCAUUGCCGAUCAAGUGAUUCCAUAAAAGCGAUUGUAUUCUCCCAGUGGACAAGAAUGUUGGAUUUGGUUGAAAUGGCACUGAAUCAGAAUUGCAUAGAAUACAGGAGGCUUGAUGGGUCAAUGUCUCUGGUCUCAAGGGACCGGUCUGUCAAAGAAUUCAACACCGACCCUGAGGUAAUUGUUAUGCUGAUGUCACUAAAAGCUGGAAAUCUUGGUCUAAACAUGGUGGCUGCAUCCCAUGUUAUCCUUCUAGAUCUUUGGUGGAAUCCAACUACUGAAGAUCAAGCUGUUGAUCGAGCUCAUAGAAUUGGACAGACUCGCCCCGUCACAGUGUCGAGGCUAACCAUUAAGGACACAGUUGAGGACAGGAUUCUUGCACUCCAGGAAGAAAAGAGGAAACUGGUUGCUUCUGCUUUCGGGGAAGAUCAAACUGGAAGUUCAGCUGCUCGUUUAAAUGCAGAUGAUCUAAAAUAUCUGUUUAUGGGUGCUCAUUAAUUUACUAAUGAUUUU